AUGAACUCCUUCUCGUUUGCACUCGGUCGCAGGUUAUGGCGCCAAAAACAAUCACCCUUUCGAUCUAUCAGAUCAUCGGGUUUCACGACCCUUGACCCAACCAAGAAGAUCGAAGAGGAGCGGAUGCCUUCUCAUAAGGGAAACGGCUUCUAUCCUGUUCAACUAGGAGAUAGCUUCGAUGCCAGAUACCAAGUUAUCAACAAGUUGGGCUUUGGAGCGAACUCAACUGUUUGGUUUUGCCGCGAUGUCCAGGUGAAUCGAGAGGUCGAAGUUCUAAAGCACCUUUCCACAAUGAAAUCGAAGCACAUUAGGAGUGGUCUUGUUCGUACUAUGCUUGAUGCUUUCGAAAUAGAAGGACCCAAGGGCAAAAAUCAACGCAUUGUCUUCGAACCGCUUUUGACCAGUGUGUCGCAUUUCAGGCGACCAUGGAUCCACCAAACUUUCUUCAUUCUGAGGCCGAGGCUAUUCACACCGGCAAGUUCCUUCCCCUUUCCAUCACGCCCUCCUAAGUCAUCACGUGGUUUUGAAGUGUUAAUCUUUUAUGUUAUAUGUAUAGAUAUUCAGGCAAAGAAUAUCAUGAUUGGCACUAGUGACAGUUCGAUUUUUACCGACUGGGAGAAAUUGGAACGGGGGAAGCCAUGCCCCCGCAAAGUUGUUGAUGGACACACUAUCUACGAAUCUCAAUCUUUCAGCCGUCGAGACAAGGCCCAGAGCAAAUACGGGCUGCCGGUCCUUUCCGAUUUCGGUGAAGCUCGAAUUGGGAAAGUACACUGUGGCCUCAUCCAACCGGAUUUAUACAGAGCCUCUGAGGUCAUACUUGGGAUAGAGUGGGCAUCAAAAGUCGACAUCUGGAAUGUGGGAACACUGGUAUGGGAUUUAUUUGAAGAUGGUCAAUUAUUCGAUGGUAGAGGGCCCGACAAACAGCAUUCGGACGGACAUCUAGCUGAAAUGACAGCAAUUCUCGGCCCUCCGCCGGAAUGUUUUCCGCGGAAGUCCCCAAACAGUCAAGAAUAUUGGGAUCAAUCUGGUAUUUCAGUCCCCAAUUUUGCCUACGUGGUUAUUCCAGGCAUAUUUAACACAAACAUAGGUCAAUGGAGGGGACAACCAAGUAUCCCUGACAUCUCGCUAGAAGAUCUGGAGGACUACCUUGAAGGUGAAAACAAGGAUCUUUUCCUACAGUUCAUGAGAAAAAUGCUGCAGUGGGAUCCAGAUGACAGACAAAGUGCUUCUGAUCUUCUAAGCGACCCUUGGCUUAAUAGCCCUUAA